AUGAGAUUGAGUUCCACGAAUAUGCAGGCUAGAAAGAUGCUAUUUGCUGCUAUUCUAUCUAUUUGUGCAUCAAGUUCGAAGAAGAUCUCAAUCUAUAAUGAAGAAAUGAUAGUAGCUCGUUGUUUUAUAGGCUUUAUCAUAUUCAGUCGGAAGAGUUUAGGUAAGACUUUCAAAGAGACUCUCGACGGGAGAAUCCAGGCUAUUCAGGAAGAAUCACAGCAAUUCCUCAAUCCUAACGAAGUAGUUCCUCCGGAAUCCAAUGAACAACAACGAUUACUUAGGAUCAGCUUGCGAAUUUGUGGCACCGUAGUAGAAUCAUUACCAAUGGCACGCAGUGCGCCUAAGUGCGAAAAGACAGUGCAAGCUUUGUUAUGCCGAAACCUAAAUGUUAAGUCAGCAACACUUCCAAAUGCCACUUCUUCCCGUCGCAUCCGUCUUCAGGACGAUCUAGUCACAGGUUUUCACUUCUCAGUGAGUGAAAGAUUUGUCCCCGGGUCUACGUUGAAAGCUUCUAUAGUAGAACUCAUUCGGGAGGGCUUGGUGGUCUUAAGAAUGGUUCGGGUGGGGGCUGAAUAA